AUGCUCACCAGACGUGCUUAUUUUAUUCCUGUUUUGUGUUUCUCUCUCAAGCUUUCAAACAAAUACUGGGCUCCUCAUGUCAAGAACAAACUACCGUUUGAUUCUCAGGUCAUUGAAGACAUUUAUCAGAAUGAGAUUCUCAAAUCAAAAUUUGCCAUCAGAAAAAUUAUGCUGUUGGAGUUCAGCCAGUACCUGGAGAACUACCUGUGGCCGAACUACACGCCUGAAGCCUCCACUAACGGCUACCUGAUGUCCAUCUGCUGUAUCGUCAAUGAGAAGUUUCGAGAAAAUGUUCCCGCUUGGGAGGUUUUUAAGAAAGCACCCACGCACUUCCCUCACUUCUUCAAGUGUGUGAUGGAGUCGUGUCUGUCGGGCGAGCAGCUCGGCCUGCCGCACAUUUCAUGUCCUACUGUAUAUGAGCUUUAUAUUCUGCUGUCCAUUACAUCAGCCACAUUUAUCAAAAUGCAUGUGGUACAGUACAAAACCUCAAUAUUAUACUCAAUUAAAAUCAAUUUUGUGUUUAUUCAGACGAGACUGCAGCAGGAGCUGAAGAAGGUCCCAAAACUGCAGAAGUUCUGGAACCUCAUUAAAAAGAACUAUGAGAAGAUGGAGCCGCAGGAUACGGAGCAAGCUAAGAAGGAGCGCACCUUUCUCGCUUCCCUCAUCAAGAAAUUCCUGGUGGUGCUCAUGUCCAUCCCUGCAGCAGGCACCAUCUCCAUGGAGAAGGUUCACUACUGUGAGAGAUUCAUUGAGUUCAUGAUUGACCUGGAGGCUCUCCGCCCGACUCGUUUUCUCAUUGAAAUUGUUUCAUGUUUUCUCAGCAGAGUAGUCUCACAGCGUUAG